AGUUUACCUCAGAGUCUAGUGAGGGGUGACAGAAGCACUGCAGGCCGGGGCGCCAUGGACUACCUGACGGGCAUCACCGGGAGGAGCGGCCGCGUCCUGAGGGGCACUGCCAACCGCCUGUGGCUGGGCGUGCGGGAGGUGCACUUCCAGGACUACCUGAGAGAUGGGGUCGGGCGAGGGGACACCCCGCCGUCCAGUCCGGAUUCGGAGCUUAGCCCACCGCUGUCAGAUACCGGCCAGAAGAAGACCCUGGAGAAGAAAGAUGGGCGGCGGAUGUCCUUCCUAAAGCCAAAGGGAACCAUGGAGUACACGGUUGAGUCCAGGGAUUCCUUAAAUAGCAUCUCUCUGAAGUUUGAUACGACACCAAACGAGCUGGUUCAGCUAAAUAAGCUGUUUUCCAGAGCAGUCGUAGCUGGACAGCUUCUAUAUGUGCCGGAUCCGGACUACAUUUCCAGUGUGGAAAGCUCGCCAUCUCUAAGCCCCAUAAGUCCAUUGUCUCCGACCUCAUCGGAAGUUGAGUUUGAGAAAAGUGCAGACCAUGAUAACAGUCGCCACAAGGAGUCGACAUCCUCCCCAGCCUAUCCUUCCAUCCGCUCCUCUAGGGUAGUAUCUUCCACAUCGGAAGAAGAAGAAGCCUUCACUGAGAAGUUUUUGAAAAUCAACUGCAAAUAUAUAACUGAUGGAAAGGGAACAGUCAGCGGUGUUCUCCUGGUGACGCCAAAUAAUAUAAUGUUUGACCCUCACAAGACUGAUCCUCUGGUUCAGGAGAAUGGCUGUGAAGAGUAUGGCAUCAUGUGCCCAAUGGAGGAGGUGACCUCAGCGGCUAUGUACAAAGAAAUAGUUAAUAGUAAAUUGAAGGAUUCUAUUCCUGUAGACAUAGAGCAGCUGUCAUGCAUGCGAGACUUCUGCCAGUUUAAGAUUUCACAAGGUAAUAUACAUGAAUUGGAUACCAAAAUGUGGGAUACAGGGAAUGACAGUGCCAGCACAGCCCCUCGCAGCACAGAGGAAUCCCUUUCUGAGGAUGUGUUCACAGAAUCGGAGCUUUCUCCAAUACGCGAGGAGCUACACUCCUCCGACGAGCAGCGGCAAGACAAGUCUUCAGGAGCGUCCUCCGAGUCCGUCAAGACAAUAAACCAAACACUUGUAGAAUGUGACUCAACAAACAUUUCGGACUCCACAGAUGCUGCGCCCGAUUCAAAAGGCAGCGCCGAUCCUUCUGCCAACGACAGUGGAAUUGUUAGCAAUGCCAACGAUUUAGAAAAGAGCGAUGCUUCUCUAAAGGUAGGUGAAGACUUGGAUAAAAAUCAUGCAGAAUCAUCUGAGCCUGGUGACCAGGAAAGCCUGCAAGCCAGGUGCAAAGAUGGCGAGCAACUGCGAGACAGGGAGCAAAAAGACAGUGACCAGAGCGAUGAGGAUCCUGAAGAUGUGACCGGGAUUGAGACCAAUUACACGGGCGCGGAUGCUUCUCUAAAACAGGCAUCUGGUGAGUCUGAAACUGAAGUGGAGGAGCUCCGGAAACUCUGGAAGAACCUGACUAUGCAACAGGCCAAGCAGCAGAGGGACGACUUGCAGCAUGCCACACACAAAGAAGUCCAGCCGAAGGUGGGCAGCACAGAAUCUGCCGUAGAAGGUGUAUAUUCCGACAUUGCCAAAGAAAAGCGAAGGCACAGAUCUCACAAGUAUUUGUGUCUACGAGUUGGGAAGCCAAUGAGAAAAACCUUUGUGUCUCAAGCCAGCGCGUCCAUGCAGCAGUACGCACAGAGGGACAAGCUGGAAUACUGGUUUGCCGUUCCCCAUGAAAGAACGGACCACCUCUACUCCUUUUUCAUUCAGUGGAGCCCGUCUAUUUAUGCUGAAGAAAUUGGUGAGUCCUCCAGAGAGCCAGGCUUUGUGGUAGUGAAAAGGAACGAGGAUCCAGAGAGCUCCGAGGGGUCCUCCAGUGACUCCGCCACAACAUUAUGGGAGGUAGUAUCAGUGGCUGAGUACCACCGCAGGAUCGAUGCGCUAAAUACUGAAGAACUGCGUACUCUCUGCAGACGUCUCAAGAUCUCAACCAGAGAGGAGGUGAACUCCAAGCAGACGACGAGCAUCAAGGCUGAACUGGAACCAGAAGCUUUCCGACCCAACCUCAGCGACCCCAGUCAGCUACUACAAGUUGACCAGAUAGAAAAGGUGGAUUACAAGUCGAGCUGUCUUGCUUACCGUGCGCUGACAAAGCAUCUCCCACCGCGGACAAUCGGCUACCCGUGGACACUUGUGUACAGCACUGCGAAACAUGGAAUGAGCCUGAAGACUCUGUACAGGACAAUGCUGGGGUUAGACACUCCUGUGCUCUUGGUGAUUAAAGAUAGUGAUGCACAGAUUUUUGGAGCAUUGGCAUCUGAACCAUUUAAAGUAAGCGAUUGCUUUUACGGCACUGGGGAAACCUUCCUCUUCACUUUCUGUCCUGAUUUUGAGGUCUUUAAAUGGACUGGUGAUAACAUGUUCUUCAUCAAAGGAGAUAUGGACUCGCUAGCAUUUGGCGGAGGAGGAGGAGAAUUUGCCCUGUGGCUGGAUGGAGAUCUCUACCACGGGAGAAGUCACUCGUGUAAAACGUUUGAAAACUCUAUCCUUUCUAAGAAAGAAGAUUUCAUUGUUCAAGACAUGGAAAUUUGGGCAUUUGAGUAAAUAUGUACAUAAAGCUAGCGACUGCCGUCUCCUCACCCCACCUCCUGUACAGAAGGGAGACUCUGUGUCCCGCGGCUUGUUGAUAUAUACCCUUUUUAAUAUAUUUGUAUUUUUGUUAAUAUUUAACCAUAGUUACUUUUUAUUUU